AAUGUCGUUCUGGGCAGUGAGCCGCGGCGGCACCCCACCCUCCAAGGUGGUGCCCAUGCUGAAUCCCAACCAACGCCAGUUCCUGGAGGACGAGGUGCGCUACCGCGAGAAACUAAAGCUGAUGGCCCGCGGCGACGCCAUGGAGGAGGUGUACGUGAGGAAGCAGGAGACAGUGGACGAUCCUUUGGAGCUGGACAAGCACGACUCGUUCUACCACACCACCAAGAGCCUGCUGGUGUUGUUCCAGAUCAUGGGCGUGAUGCCCAUCCACCGGAAUCCCCCGGUCAGAAACCUGCCCCGCACCGGCUACUCCUGGGGCUCCAAGCAGGUGAUGUGGGCCAUUUUCAUCUACAGCUGCCAGACCACCAUUGUGGUGCUCGUGCUGCGCGAGAGGGUGAAGAAGUUCGUCACCAGCCCCGAUAAGCGCUUCGACGAGGCCAUCUACAAUGUCAUCUUCAUCAGCCUCCUGUUCACCAACUUCCUGCUCCCCGUGGCCAGCUGGAGGCACGGACCCCAGGUGGCCAUCUUCAAGAACAUGUGGACCAACUAUCAGUACAAGUUCUUCAAGACCACCGGAUCGCCCAUCGUGUUCCCGAACCUUUACCCGCUGACCUGGUCGCUAUGCGUCUUCUCCUGGCUACUGAGCAUCGCCAUCAACCUGUCCCAGUAUUUCCUCCAGCCGGACUUCCGGUUGUGGUAUACCUUCGCCUACUACCCCAUCAUCGCCAUGCUCAACUGCUUCUGCAGCCUGUGGUACAUCAACUGCAACGCUUUCGGCACCGCCAGCAGAGCACUCUCCGAUGCUCUGCAGAUGACCAUUCGGGGGGAGAAGCCUGCCCAGAAGCUAACCGAAUACCGGCACCUGUGGGUUGACUUAAGCCACAUGAUGCAGCAGCUAGGACGCGCCUACUCCAACAUGUAUGGCAUGUACUGCCUGGUCAUCUUUUUCACAACGAUCAUCGCUACCUACGGCAGCAUCAGCGAGAUUAUCGACCACGGAGCCACCUACAAAGAGGUGGGUCUGUUCGUGAUUGUGUUCUACUGCAUGGGUCUUCUCUACAUCAUCUGCAACGAAGCACACUAUGCCUCCCGAAAGGUGGGCCUGGAUUUCCAAACGAAGCUUCUCAACAUCAACCUAACCGCGGUGGACGCGGCCACGCAGAAGGAGGUGGAAAUGCUGCUGGUGGCCAUUAACAAGAACCCUCCCAUUAUGAAUCUGGACGGAUACGCGAACAUCAACCGAGAGUUGAUCACCACCAAUAUCUCAUUCAUGGCCACCUAUCUGGUCGUGUUGCUGCAAUUUAAGAUCACUGAACAGCGGCGGAUAACCCAAUCCCAAGCUUAGCAUAUUCUUAUGUGUAUU